GAGCAAUAAUGCUGGCAGAUCGGAUCCGUGGAUCGAUCGCGACUCUCUCUUAGAACUCUAAAGCUUCACGUUCAUAAUCCCUCAAUUUUAAGUUUGUUGUAGAGAUUAAACUUUCAGUUCUCGCUAAAUUUUAUUGAAUAAUCACUCCCGCGGUCGGAUCUCGGGCGCGAUCAUCAUUCUCCGGCGGCCCUCUGACGGCAAUCGUAUUUCCCACAUAUAUUCCUAUUCACCUUAAGAAAUGGCUGGGCAAAACCAACGCUUAAAUGUGGUUCCUACUGUCACAAUGCUUGGUGUCGUGAAAGCUCGCCUUGUUGGUGCCACAAGAGGCCAUGCUUUGCUUAAGAAGAAAAGUGAUGCUCUCACCGUGCAGUUCAGACAGAUUCUCAAGAAAAUUGUGUCAACAAAAGAAUCGAUGGGAGAGGUCAUGAAAAGUUCCUCCUUUGCUCUGACAGAGGUCAAGUAUUGUGCUGGUGAGAACAUUAAGCAUAUUGUGCUUGAAAAUGUUCAGAGCGCAACACUUAAAGUUCGAUCACGCCAAGAAAAUAUUGCUGGUGUUAAGCUCCCCAAGUUUGAUUAUUUCUCUGAAGGAGAGACAAAGAAUGACUUGACUGGAUUAGCUAGAGGUGGGCAACAGGUACAAGCAUGCCGUGCUGCCUAUGUGAAAGCAAUCGAGCUCCUUGUUGAGCUUGCUUCCCUGCAAACAUCAUUUCUCACUCUUGACGAGGCUAUCAAGACCACAAACCGCAGGGUCAAUGCACUUGAGAACGUGGUGAAACCAAGGCUAGAGAACACAAUAACCUACAUCAAGGGAGAACUGGAUGAGUUGGAGCGAGAGGACUUCUUUAGGCUGAAGAAGAUCCAAGGCUACAAGAAGAGAGAGAUAGAGAAACAGAAGGCAGCUGCUAAACUAUUUGCAGACGAGAAGGUUGCUGAAGAAAUUUCUUUGAGGAAAGGUAUUUCACUUGGCGCAGCACAUAACUUGCUAUCUGGUUCACAGAAAGACGAGGACAUCAUUUUCUGAUAUGGAUGUCAACCUAUUUAUCUUUAUUUAAGCUUUCUGCGUGAGUCUUUCGCAUAUCUUAUCCUCUGUAAUAGGGACGGGUAAUACUUCUAGUUCGACAAAUCUCAUGUUCUGAAUAAGAGCUAUCUGCAGGCUUGUAUUCUUUGAAUCAUUUCGUAAGCUUUUAUCUGUUGGUUGAACAGCUAUCUUGUGAAUUUGAACGAGACUUUUUCCUUCUGCAGUUUGUAUAAUUUUAUGAUUCAUGAUCUAUAGAAUAAUUGACUAUUUGAUA